GUGCGUACAGACCGAGCAGAGUAAUCUAGAAAGUUACCCGCAUCCACUGGCACCACCCUAAAUUUGGCUCAGAGACCUUGCAUUUCUCCCGGAUAAAGCUCCAGGAACUCUAUUCCUAACUAGUGGAAGUAGAAGAUCUGAGCCUGCCUAUCCGAAAGUCAGCGAUUGAGAAUCGAAGCAUGGCAAAGCAAAAAGAGUGAGGAGGGAUGCCUCUUGAUGAAGUGAGAGUGACGGAGACGGAUUGCGAUAGUGGACGGUUGAAACUGACUAGAACGGCACCGGAAGUUGUUGUAGAGGUUCCAGCGAGCGAGAGAGAUCGGGAAUUGGAAUUCGAAGUGCGGAAUAACGCGAACAGAGAGCUCAGCUUUGGUGAGAUCGACGACGGCGAGGUUGAGGAGCAGGCCGAAGAGCAGAGGAGUGAAGAGAGGGAGGAGCGGAGAGGAGAGCGGGGAGAAGAGGAGGGCAAGGCAGAUCGGGAAGGAGAAUCGGAAGUCGGCGGAGAUCUCGAGGAGGAGAAGCAGUGUCGUUGGAUUCAACCAAUUCCUCUUCCGACUUCGUAGUUUGGAAAUUUCAGCCACCACCACCGGCUUGCUCGGAAUCAGAUUGUGCUGCCUUUUUCUCUCCGUUAUUUCGCUCUACACUUCCACAAUUUCGCCUUGGUUCCUGCCCCCGCCGUCGCCUCCAGGUUCCCUCUCUCCGGCUAGUUCUCCGAAUCUAGUGAGUUACUUUAUACAGAGAUGACCAAACAUAAACGUUUUUUUCAAUCUCAGUGAGCAACAAUGUAAUUAACCCAAACAUUCAUAACCCAAAACUUUUACUCCUCUCAUGGCCCAUGGAUUUGCAGAUAAGAUUACCCACUGGAACCAUAGCACUGCUUGGACUGAUAGGCCGUGAAUUCAUUUGUUGCCCUGGUUGGCAGAUAAUAGUCCAUGGGCUGUUGCGGCAAUCCUUAGUAAAAGGUUUUCAUGAAAAAUCUAGGUAAAUAUUUAAAUAAUUAUACUUACCCUAUCUUGUUCUUAUGUGUGACUCAGAUUGUGUAUAUUCAUAAUCCAUGUAAAGCAGUAAUAAGAAACAGAUUGAUCCAUUUGUAAAUGUUAAGCGUAAAAUGAAAUUAUUUUUUAGAUAUAUAAGAACUAGGUUAGUGCAUAAAGAGUCAACACAAUUUACAUAUAUGUAAAUAUCGACAAUAAACUAAGAUAAAACAUAUCAAGAGCAGUGUUGAAUUAAAUCGUUUGCCUGUUGGAUUUGGGUCAUGGAUUUGGUACCCAAAUUCCAAGCUUGAUGGAUUUAACAUUAGUCCAUUGUUUGUUGAAGGGUGCUAAAUCCGUGGACCCCACGGACUUGUAAAUCCCACAUAUUGAUUUGGGAUUUGCAAAUUCUUGAUGGUUAGUUAUUUAUUUAACAAAUCCAUCACAAAUCCAUCAUCAAAUCUAUCAUGCAAACAUUAUACUCUUCAAAUCCAUAAUCCAAUAAGUCCAACAUAAAUCCCAAGGUUUUUGAAGGCCAAAACCCUCAUUUUUCAAAUCCAACAAGCAAACGACCCCUAAGACCUUAGCUACUAGCAGGUAACGUUCGAACAUAUGUUCAGAACUGAUAGCUCUUAAUAACUUGAUUUGAAAAUCAAUAUCAUUUCACUUUAUGCAUGCUCACUCAAAUGAUAAGACUUCUUGAUCAAACACUCAUAUACUAUAUCAAGAACCAAUAAUUCGUAAUAAAUCGAAUUGGAAGAAAUAGAAGUAUGAACUUUAAAUCAUUACGUUACAACAGAAAGUAAAAAUAUAUAAAUUGAAACAACUUGGAUCAGAUCAAAAUCAGCGGCGGAUCCCGGGGUGCCUCUGGGCCGCAGCCCAGCCCUUCUCUCGGUCAAAAUUAGUAUAGUACUUGUAAAUUUGUAAUUUUUGGUAAUCUUUUAAGUGUUCGUCAUCGAGCUAUGGCCUAGCCCACUAUACCUCUUUUCAAAAUGUGGCCUAGUACCUAUCCAAUCCUGCGUCCGCUGCUGAUAAAAUUAUUAUCCGUAAUCAUGAAAUGAUCGAGUAUUUUGGCAAGAACAAUCCACAAUCAUUAUUCAAGUUUUGUCGCCAUAGCCCAUGUCUAUCUGUUUCUGAUAAAAUCAUCAUACGUAUACGCAUAAUUAAUAAACUACAAUUAGGUGGAAAAUUAUUGAGGUACGUAACUCUGACAAUUUGGCUUUUUCUUAUACGAUUUAAUCAACUAGAAAAGGAAACAAAGAAUAUUACAAGGAAUUGACAAAUACAAUGUUUAGAUUCAA